AUGAGCCCGAUGCGUCGCAGUGCUCUUGCGUUUCGGCGGCAUGUGUCGCAGCUCAGGUAUGAGGUCCCUGGCUACGGGACGGCGACCUUCGACCUGAAGCACGAGAAGGCCGCGGGCGACCGCGAGCCGGUGCAGGCGGCGGAGCGCUCGUUCGUCGAGCGCACCGCGCCGCGGAAGGAGGAGCUGACGGAGGAGCAGAAGGAUGCUCGGGCCGCGGCUCGCAGGGCCAAAAAGGCCCGGCAGAAGGCGAACAAGGCGGAGAAGGCUGCGGCGGCGGCUGCGAGCGAGGCUGAGCGUGCGGACUACCCGCACGCGCAGCUGCGCGAGAACCCACACCGCAGUCUCCGAACGUCCCAGGAGCAUGCGGUGGGCACGGCAACCGACGAGGAGGUCGAGGAGGAGGCAGCGGGGGCGGGGCCGGGAUGUUGCGACGGAGGGCCGGAGCUAUGGGCUGGCGCCACGACGUUGCAGGACACGGAGGGGUGGAAGGAGCUGGUGAAGGCGGGAAAGAUUCUGCUCUUCGACGAGGAUCGGGCGGUGUGCCCGCUGGCGGGGCAAGCGGCGAGGGGGUCGCCGGGGGUUGGGAUGAUGGGGAUGGUCUUUUCGGCGAGCACUACGAUGUUCGUCGCACGCACGCCCCUCCUACUCGGCCUGUUGGGCAUCGCCAACGUCGAUGCCUUUGCCAGCGCGCCGAACACGCUGGAGGACAUGACCGCUCGUAUGGUUAGCGGGCUCAUCGAAGACUUUGCUGCUGUGAGCGCCAAUUUCGGCGAGGACAGCGUUGAGACCGUCGCCAAGGCGGUGAUCAACAGCACUCCAGAGCUGAACUCGUAUGUUCUCAAGAUCAUGUCGCACAUGACAGGAAUGGAGGCGUGGCGCACGGGCGUCCCGCCGAAUGACGCCCUCAUCUCAAAGUUCUGGGACGAGGAUUCGUGGCACGUGACCGAGACGGUGAAGAUUGACAAGAUCACCGAGACCAUCUACAACGCCGUGUCGCCCGAGGCCACCUCCUACCUCUACCGCAACGACGACCUGACGCUGGUGAAGGAGAUGAUCGACUUCCCAACCACGUCCAACUCGCCGGAGGACGUCACCUUCGACCUGCCCACCGCAGUGGCGUACACCGGGCCCUCGGACCUUUACUACAUGCCGUUGACCGAUCUCGCCUCGCUCAUCCAGAGCAAGACCGUCAGCUGCGUGACGGUCGUGACCGCCUUCAAGGAGCGCCUUGAGGAGUUCGACCCCUACCUCGCCUUUGUGACGACGCCACUCUACGACUCGGCCCUCACCACCGCCGCCGAGUACGACGAGCUGCUUGCCGCCGGCGAGUCCAAGGGUCCGCUCAUGUGCAUCCCCUUUGGGAGGAGGGCCCCCCCCCAAAUCCCGGAGGAGCCGCCUUUGUAG